AUGAGCAGGCCUGCGCUUGACAGAUCAAACUCCCUCCACCAGCAUCUCAAGCACCGGCCGUACAUCCCGCUCGAAGACCACAUCAACAACAUCAACAAUAACAACAGCAACAGCAUCAACCACAGUAACAGCAGCAGUAACAGCAGUAGCAAGACAUCGCCAGUCCUGACGCCCUCGUCGUCGUCUACCUCGACUCCGGCUUCGACGUCGACAGGGAAGACCUUCUUUGCUCAUCCGUCUCGCUCGUCUAGGCGCUCGCUUGCUGCAAUUGCCAUCCAGAAGACUUCUUCUGCCUUUAGCCUGGGGAAGCCUGCCUCUACUUCUGCCUCUACUUCUACCACCACUGACUACUACCACCACCACCACCACCACCACCAGCAACAACUGCAACUACAUCAGCAGCAACUACUACUACAGCAGCAGCAAGCCAGAGAAGAAGAAGAAGGAGACCCCUUUAGAGACCCGGACAGCUGGGAGUCAGACGACAGGCCAGCCGCAGCCAUGGCCGGGAACCAGUCCGCCUCCAAGAUGCACCAGACGUCUUCCCGCCUGCUCCGGAUGACCACCGAGGAGCGGCCCUUCACUCGCGACUUCAAGGACCUCUUCUCGACGCUCAUGGUCAGCCUCAAGCUCGAGACUCACCGCGUGCGCUUCUCCAAGUUCGAACACACCUUCACGGCCGAGGAGGCCAUCAACAAUCUCGGCUCCCUCAAGUUCUCCCAGUCAAACCGCAUGCCGGACCCCAAGGAUCCCUCUCGCAUCGUCACCACCACUACCACCACCACUUUCUCCAUGGCCAAGGAGAUGGCCCGCAUUCCCGCUCAAGGGCGCCCUCUACCAGCUCACCCCCAAGGCAUCAACAUCCUCCACCGGUUCUGCCAGCGGAACGGCAUCACCGCCCGGCACAUCAUGGACAUCAUCGACUCGCCCCGGAACACCAUGCAGCUCGUCAUCCUUGAGCGAGACAGCAUCUCGGACCAGAUAUCCAACGACAAGGGCACCAUAGAGGUCAUCUUCCGUCGCUUUGCCGGCCAGGAUGGGCCCAACAUCAAACCCACCGUCUCUUCCUCGGACUCGGACUCCCUGUCAGACUACAGCAACGGCGUCGUCGGCGUCAAGAUGGCCCGCGAGCGCAAGAUAGGCGACAAACUAUACCAGAAUACCUUCACGGGCAAAGCAGCCAUGGAAUGGCUCAUGGACUGCUGCACCACCAUCGACCGCCGCGAGACAAUGGAGAUUGCCUCCCUGUUCGUCCGCUUCGGAAUGAUAACCUCUUUCCUCGAAGACAAGACCUACAUGUCCCACGAUCCCUCCGCCUCUCUCUUCCAGCCCACAAAGAGCGCUAUCUACGGCAUCACAGAACACGGCCAGCGUAUCUGCGGCUGGAUAGCGAGAGACCGACCGCCAAACUCUACCAAUUCUUCUUCCACCAACUCUGCUACCACCGCUUCCGCCGCUGCUCCACGAGACUCAAAUAACGCCAGGCUACAUCACAUCAUCCAGGACCCGGCCCUGCGUCUGCUGUUCAGAGAGUUCCUCCGCUACUCGCUCUGCGAGGAGAACAUGUCCUUCUACCUCGACGUCUCGGACUUUACUGCAAACUACCGUCGCGCUGAGAAGGCCGGCGCCUUUUCCAAGAUGGACACCGUCAGGGAGACCCUCGCCAGUGCAUACGGCCUGUAUAAUGCGUUCCUUUGCACCGGGUUCGCCUUGCGAGUUGAACAUCGACCAUGCUCUGCGAAAAUAGCCUGGCCAGCCCGCAUGACUCGCGCCGUCGGAGACGAUGCUUCCAUGGUCAAGUCUCUCACCGACGUUGUUCAGCUGUUCGAAGCGGCACAGCUCUCCGUCUUCAAACUCAUGUCUUCCGACUCCGUCCCAAAGUUCGCCCGUGAUCCGAAAUAUGCCGCCCGUCCUCCAAGAGCACGACUUCGACCUCAACCCAACCGCCAGCGGACGAUCAUACUCGCCGACCCUACUGCCCGAACGGUCCAUGAGCAGAAGUACCCGAUCAUAGACUCCGAUAAAUCUCUGAUCCGCUCUUCUCCUCUUUUUUCUUCCUCUGACGCUUCUUUUUUCUUGACGUAUAUCCACGGACACGGCGCGACUUUAGACGGCACAGCGACUUUGCACUAUCAUCUUUACCAUCCACCACCCUACCUACCAACCAAGCCAAAAUGCCUUUUCUCUAUCUAA